AUGGAGGUUCAAACUGAGUACGGCCGACGCCCGAACUAUCAUGCUCCCCCGGACGGCCCCGAAAGGCAUGCGAAGCGGCAAAAGAUCAAAUUGGCCUGUCAGGAAUGCCGCGACCGGAAGAUCCGUUGCGAUGGCGGUCGGCCGAUGUGCAAUUCAUGCACCCGUAAAAAGUUGACGCCAGACCGCUGCAUUUACUCUGCAUCCGAUACUGGCUCUGAUGACAGCUAUGUGAGAGCCCUCGAGAGCCGCGUGCGAGAGCUCGAAUCUAGUAAUAUCCAAAAUUCAGGUCGCUCUUUGGAAGAAAGCAAUGAACUGUUACAUCCCGCUGUCGUGCAAUUUUCUCCUGAAUCGCGCGAAACCCAUGAUAUUUCACCUCGCCACAGGGGGAGAGACAUUACUCCCGAAUCGCAUUCUCACACCCAUGAGCGCGUUCCAAACACAUUAGGACUACAGACGCCCACGUCACGAGAUCUACCUUACAGUGUGUCGCCCGGCAACUCUCAAUCGAUAUGGCCAGUAGGGUAUGAAAAUUAUAUGUCAAAUCUACCAGACGUCCCACCAGUAGCCAGACAGUCUACGGAAUUGCCAUCCAGAGAUAGCGAUCUACAACACGAGAACGUCGCGCAGACUAAGCCUGGCGGAUCCAUUGCUGGCUCGAACACUGGUCCCACCCCCGGAUCCGAAGACAGUCCAGCUUUUUUAGGGAGCUCCAGUGCUGUAGGAUUUAUGGCGGAGGUUUACGAAACCUUUCGCGGGAGAAACAAAUCCACGAGCAAGGACGAUUCGCAAACAUUUACUUCAAGGAACGAGACUUGCACGUCACCACCGCCUUGGCUUGGGUAUUCGGGAAAUGAAGGCGACGAAAUGACGUCUCCUAACUUUGUGGUUCCUCCAAAACGUAUUGCCGACAGGUAUCUGCAGAGCUAUUGGGAUGGAGCGUACCCGUUACAGCCUUUUAUAAGUCGGCGUACUUUUAUGAGACGCUAUGAUUAUAUCUGGAGUAGCCACCCUUCAACAGGUGCGGACGAAGAGUCGCCAUUUGGAAAUGAGAGGAGCCAAAGGUCGGAACAUAUAUUCCAUUCGAGACUUCUUCAACCGAGCAACGAAGCUAUUGACUUUAGAUCUAAUGGAUCAUGGGUCUAUUCAACUGGUUCAGUCUCAGAAGAGAGUUUGGUUGACAGAGUCGCUGACCUGGACCUACACAGAGUUCAAAGUAUGACCUUUGGUAGGCCAUUGAUGCUUGAACAUCCAUCAUUAGGGCCGCUUCCGCAAAUGAUCGAUGAGGAAUACCUCGCCAUUGAUCCUGCAGUUCCACACGGAUGCCAACCUCGUGAUAUCCCUGCCAAGUCCGCAUACUUGGUGUCCGUCCUUCAACUGUCAAACAUCACAGCGGAGAUUUUAGGACUAUUUUACUCUACCACUUCUGAGAAAUCAAUAGAAUCUCAGCCACUGCAAGACUAUAAUUCGUUGCUCAGAGUGGACGCUGAGCUAGUAAACUGGCAAAAUGAGCUACCCCUAUUUCUUCGCUACGAUUGUGCGCAGGAAACCAUAGAUCCUAAUAAUUUGUUCCUGCGUCAAGCUCAUCUCUUAAAUCAUCGAUUUUUACAUUCAAGGAUAUUACUCUUUAGGCGUGCGGUCGUCCAGUUGGCUGCUAAGAGCUUCGUGCAAGGCCCAGUUACAACUGUGGCAACCUUAGAGCAAAUAGUGGCCUUGGGCUGUGUCGAAAUAUGCACCUCGGCAGCCCAAGAGCUACUUGAUGCACUCCAGCCUCAUAUAGGGACGUUGUUUGUUCCGCCAGCGUGGUUCACUGUAUUCUUAAUAUACACUGCUGGCACAGUUUUGGCUGUUACCUUUCUCACUCCUGCUUUCCAGACGCCCUUAACGGCAGAACAAACAGAACGUCUUCACAAGUCUUGGAAUACAUGUAUCGAAUGUUUGAAGCAGUAUCGACGACUUGGGAUUCCGUUCGCUUCAAAAUGUCUUUUGAACUUGCAAAAAAUGCACAACAGUAACCAGGCGGAGAAUCAACACGACAAUCUCCAUGGUCUCAAUGUAACAGUAUCAGACGCAGGCGAAGGAAUUAACGCGUCUAGCGCUGAAGAUAGGGCUGACGUUGGGCGUAGAUCAGAUUUCCACCCGGUGACAGAUGGGCCACCUCGAAAUUGGGAGCAUGGAGGAGAAUAUUCGGAUAUGUUAAUGCCGAAUCCCUGGUGGCCGGACGACAAUAUCGAUUGGCUUAUUGAUAUAGCCAAUUCAAAUCAAGUCAAGUAG